GCGGUCAUGAAUCUGGAGGAGGCGACGAAAUAACGAGCUCUAAGCAGCUCUCCUCAAUCUGGUUCCUGAAAUCAGGCGUCUAAUUACUUGAGAAGAUUGAUCCGUCAUCGCCAUGGGGAGACCUCGAUUGGAUGCAAUUCUCUCUGUCUUUGUCACGGUCCAUCCCCAUGAGCUCCACGCUUUGCUGCACUCUGCUUCCUGUUUCUUCUUCAUAUUGAGCGCUUACUUUGUGGUGCUACCCUUGCGGGACGAAGGCGCCAUUUCGCUCGGAUUGUCGAACCUCCCGUCCUUGUUCAUCGGAUCAUUGGCUCUUACGUUGAUCGCAGCUCCUUUGUCCACGCUCAUCUUCUCACUCCCUAAUUUCUCCAAAACCAAGGCGUUGGUUGUGAUACACAGGUUUUUUAGUGUGUCCCUUGUCGUCUUCUUCUUUCUUUGGCAUUCGUCCUCCGUUGGAGUUGACGUUGUUUCACCAUUGGGAGUCAAGGCUGAAGCUGAUUUGCCCACUGGGUUGGAGGACAGCGCAAAUCCUGGAGGCUGGACUAAGCAUGGCUGGUAUUAUGUUUCCGUGAGAAUUGGAUUAUUUCUUUGGGUUGCUCUACUCAAUCUUAUCACCAUCUCUUCAACCUGGGCCAGGAUAAUUGAUGUGAUGGACAGUGAGUCAGGUUCAAGAUUGUUUGGGUUCAUUGGUGCUGGUGCCACCCUAGGCCAGCUUUUCGGGUCGCUAUUUGCCUCUGGAAUGGCUUGGUUAGGCUCAUUUUUACUUCUAUUUGCUGCGUUCUUGAUGGAGCUUGCUGCGCAGUCAUCAAAAGGGAUUGGCAAAGAUGCUUCCCAUUCACCUGAAGAGUUAUCUCCCUUGAGAACGAGUGAUCCUAACCAACAAAGUGAGAAUGGUACAGAGGCAUCACCAACAUCUAGAGUGGCUACUCCAAAGUCACCUCAGUCCAAGAUGAAGCCUCAGAUUUCAGCGAUCUUAGAUGGGCUCUGGCUUAUAUUAUCAUCAACUUAUUUGCAAUACGUAUCUUUGUUCUUAUGGCUGAGUGCAGUUGUCUCGUCUUUUUUCUAUUUUCAGAAAGUGACAGUAAUUGCCUUGACCAUAACAACUUCUAUUGGCAGAAGGCGAAUGUUUGCGCAGAUAAAUAGUUUCAUUGCUGUCUUUAUACUUGCUGGACAACUUACUUUAACGGUGAGUAGCGGGACGUAUACUGACUCUGGCUGGGGUCACUAUAGCUAUAUGCUCGGCUCCUGUUGUCGCCUUCUCCAAUUUGAUUGCUGUUGCUGUUUGGCCGAGUUGGAUGGUGGUUGCCAUUUGUGAGACCUUACGGAAGGUGGUUUCCUAUGUAGUGACUAGGCCAGGAAGAGAGCUCCUCUUCACUGUUGUCUCUCAGGAUGAGAAAUACAAAGCUAAGGUCUGUGAAUGUGACCUCUCUGGUCUGCAUAGAUGUAAUUGUCCAGCGACUUGGGGAUGCUACAGCAGCAGGAAUGUAUCAGUUACUAUUCAGCUUUCUUCAUGGGAAGACAUCAACUGUCUCUUUGUAUGCCUUACCUGUCUGUUUACUGUGGAUAAUCACUGCAUUUCAUUUGGGAAGGCGUCAAGCCCAACUGGCAAAGCUUCAAAUUGGUCAAGCUAGCUGAAGAAACCUACGGAACAUGAUACUCUGUAAUGCACUUCAGCAUGCAACCAUUGGAAUUGUUGAAGAUCAAUCCCAACAGAGAUAAUUCCACUCCCUCAGGAAAACAUGGUUAGCACCUGAAAACUGAGUAUGAAUUUUGAGGGUGUUCUGCACAACUGACGUCACCUGCCCUGUUUUCUGCGACAUGUUAACAAAACUGCAGCUUUUUUUUUCAUUCAAGAGCAUAUAUAUGUAUACACUAAUUCUAAUGACGACGAAGAGGGUAGAGACAGCCGUGAUUGAAUUGAACGUUCGGUAGAUGGAUUAUUAUGUGUGGGCCUGAGGGAUUUGGCUGUAAUUUUGGUCAUGUUCUCAGCUAGAAGAGUAGUGUGUUCGCUGUAACUAUACAAUUUCCAGUACGAAUGGGAUCUAAGAAAGUUCCUUUUGGACCAUGGAAGUUCUGAUACAUCCAGUAGAAGAGAAGGCAUAGCAUCAUCGCCUAAUGAUUCAGGGAAAACCAU